AGUACAUUUUUAGCAUCAUCGGUAUUCCCAUCAGUACCUGUUGAAGCAUCUUGUAAUGUUCAGCUCAGUUCGCUAUCAGAGCGAAGGAGACACAUUGGUCAAGCAGAAGAGGUGUAUCUGGGCAGACAAGUUAGAGAUUCUGAAGCCAUGUGAUGUUGCAGUUUGAGUCAAUAUAUGUGAUUCAUCAGUGGAUAAUGCAAAGUUCCUCUUUUGAAUGGGAUCAUAUGACUACUUUGACUUGGCUACGACUUUGACCACUUCUGUGGCUAUAAAUUCCAUCAGAUCAGAUCCUGCAAUCCGCACUUGAUCGGCAGGGGAUACCGGGAUAGUUGAAGCAAGAAAGAAUGGCGGGGCUCUACGAGAAGCCGUCGGAGACGUACGCCAAGAAGCGUCCGCAGUACCCCAAGGAGUGGUUCUCCAUGCUGGCCGGCCUCACCGCGGGGCACCAGCGCGCCUGGGACGCCGGGUGCGGCACCGGCCAGGCCGCCAUCAGCAUGGCGGAGCACUACGAGAGCGUGGUGGCGACGGACGUGAGCGAGGGCCAGCUCCGGCACGCCGCCGCGCACCCGAAGGUGCGGUACCUCCACACCCCGGAGCACCUCACGGAGGACGAGCUGGUGUCCCUGGUCGGCGGCGAGGGCUCGCUGGACCUGGUGGUGGUGGCCACCUCCAUCCACUGGUUCGACAUCCCGCUCUUCUACGCCGUGGUGAACCGCGCCCUGAGGAAGCCCGGCGGCGUGCUCGCCGUGUGGGGCUACAACUACGAGAUCCACCCGUUCGAGGGCGCGCUGCACGGCCAGCUCUACCCGGCGCUGCGGCCGUACCAGGACCCGCGGGCGGUGCUGGCCAUGGAGCGGUACCGGCACCUGCCGUUCCCGUUCGAGCCCGUCGGGGUGGGCGCCGAGGGCGCGCCCGCCGACGUGGACAUCGAGGUGGAGAUGACGCUGGAGGACCUGGUCGGGUUCCUGAACACCGGCUCCGUCGUGACCACGGCGAGGGCCAAGGGCGUGGACCUGGAGGCGGUCACGAGGGACGCGCUGAAGCGUGUGGAGCAGGAGUGGGGCGGCGCGCCCACCUCGCCCCGGAAGCUCGUGUUCAAGGCGUUCAUGCUCGCCGGGAGGCCCAAGUGCUGAAGCGAUCAUGCCGUGGUUGCUAAUCACUGCUUCUCGUUUGCAGUUUGCUCGUGGUUAGGAAUAAGUGUUGCUUGUCAGUCAGCGUGAGACUGAGAUUAGACUACAUCAUAUAGCCAGCCACUAUGUAUGGCGGUCCAAAUUUUUUUUUUUUUUUUUUUACCUUGUGCCGAAUAAGUCCGAGCAGAUGCUACGGGCUAAAUACUUGUGGGGAAUAUCCACCCGUUCAGUUUGGACUUUGGAAUGAAUCCACUGCGUUAUCAUCUGAA